AUGACUCCCAACAGCGAGAACGCCAUGGCUCGGUUCCUUCUGGCCAUCCUUAACCAGAAGAACCUUAAAGACAUCGACUGGAACCAAGUCGCCGCGGAUCCCGUCCUCCUCCAGCCCAUCACAAACGGACACGCUGCGAGGAUGCGUUUUGCUCGGUUCCGUGCCACAGUCAACGGACAUGAGCCGCAGAAGAGGAACCGCACUGCCGACAAGUCGCGGGUGACCAAGUCGAAAAAGACGCAACCGGCCAAGAGAGAAAGCCUCAUCAAGGCUGAGACGGGCGUGGACUUUUCGUCGUAUGCCCAAGUUCGCCCGAGUCCUAAGAUCAAGCAGGAACCUAGUCAGCCUGGGUAUCUUGCCCAGUUCUCUCCCGCGUCGACUUCAUCACCUUACCUCACCGACAACCGAGACGACUUGAACCCCCGAUUCCUCACCCCUUGCAGCGAUGACAUGACCCAUGGUCUUGCCAUCAACCCUACAUCCCUCGAGGACCUCAGACUGCGUAACGGCUUUGGUCCCUCGAUGGACUGUCCCCAGGACCUUAUGGCACCGCCUUCCAAUGACUUCAGCCUGGGGCAGUCAACCUUUGAUACGUUUGACGCCGCCUACGACCUGACGGCCUACAAGACUGUCGGCGGCGGCCAGAGUCCCGCGACUAUCGACUUCGGCGCUGCCUCUCUGGCAGAUUGCAGCCCCGAGUGGACCGAUCACUUCAACGACCAUCACUUUUGA